AUGACGGACACAGUCUGCGACGAAGAUGACGGUGCGUCUCGUGCUUUAGAGCCCCAGGCUGAAGGUCCGUCAAGCGUGAUGAUGAAGAAAAUUGUCUCUUGUAUCUCGCUGUUGAGUGCAGCAUCCCCUGAGCAUCUGACGGCGGAGAAUUGUAGCGAACAGGAAGAGAUUGUCAAAGUCAUGACCCGAGUGAUCGAUUGGCUACAUCGCGAGAUUGCAGCACAGGCACUGACUAUAACGACGUCAGACUCUGUAGAUGUGGAAGACGAGACGUUUGUGAAAACGUCUGUGCGAAAGCGAGUGUCGCAGAUGUUUAUGUGUUGGCACGAGGUGCAGCAGAAGACGAAACCACUGAAUCGAAGACUUUGGAUGCUGUGGAUGGAAAUGGGAUGCUCGCUGGAGGUGCUGCGUUGCUGUGAGGUGAUGGAGAAAAGGAAGGAGAGCUGUGUACGGCUGAUGAUGACGUCGCCUCCUCCGUGGGACUUUCCGACGUUGGCGACAAUUUGUGACAAGGAGAAGCAGGGAGCCUAUUGUCAGGAGCUGUGGGAUGCCACGAUGGUCAAGCCAUUGGACGGAGCUUCAUCUGGCGUGGAGUGUGAAUAUGCACCAGUAUUGGUCGAGGUUUUUGUGCAUUGGACGACGGCUGCUAUGCGUGGAUACGAACUUGUGUUUAUUGCUAAUGUUGCUGCACCGCUUCGAAAGCACCUCCAUUCUGUAUCGACACACGAUGCAAUAUUGAGAGAUGCGUGGUUCAACUAUGCGAAGCACAAGAGAAGCGCUGCUAGUACAUUGAUUGAUGCAGGCGGUUUAGCUGUCACCAUCAUAGUUUUGAGUGCGUUGGCAUUGUCCCAUCAAUCACCGGGGGUGGUACAAUACCUGGAGUCGUUGGAAGCUGACACUCUAGUUAAGCUAUCGAGUCAGCCGUUUCCUCAAGUUCACAGCCCUGUUGGUAUUGUUGCAAUGGCACUCGGUCUUACUGUCCUCGAUGACACAAGGCAUUCGAGUGAUGUGUCGAUGCACUCGCAACCGGGCCAUGCAUCGAUUUUGAGCCAAUUUGCGCUGCUGCGGCUCGUCAAUUUGCCUCUUGUGGCGCCCCGAUUGCAACCACGCGGUGAUGCAACAAUAGCUGAACACCAAACGAAAGUGCAUCAGUGGGCGAGGGCUUUAACUCUUGAGCCAUCGCAUGCUCUUCUCCAAGAAUGCUCGCUUCGCAUGGCGGAACUGUGUAUCGAGGAGUUCGUCAGCUUCUUCCAGACUUCUCUCAAAACGCGUCUUAAGCUUAUUGAAGCCAUGCAGUCAGUUCUUCCGACAAGUUUGUUCCGCCGGAGCAUGUCAAAAGAUCACCCGAUGCCUGGUAAACCUAUUGUUCAAGAUAAGAGUCUGCUCCUUUCGACAGGUGAAAUCGUGAGAUUGAUCCGACAGUUCUAUACAGGUAUUGCGCCGAUUUUGGAAGCGUUGGCUGUGGGUUUUACCGUGCGGUCAUUUGUUGCCCUCAGUCGGAUCGAGUUUGCACGUGAGGUGUGUGCGUCAGAACCUGCUAACGCAUCGAUGCAAGCAGUCACACAGCAGUUAGAGGAGGCGCUGGAGAAGACUGCAUUGCCGCCUGAUCAGAUCUUUGCACCAGUCUUGCACUCUGUAGCAAUGCAUUCGGUGAAUGUGAACACCAGCAUUUUACCUGAAACCGACAUCGCCAGUGGAUGCCAGGCGCUGGCUGUGGGGCGUGUCGUGCAGCGAAAGCUGCGUAUCUUACUAUUCCAGUGUGCGCCACUGGUCGACGAUGCGCUUUCAGUCGUCUUUUCAGUGCUGUACAAUAUUUACGAGCCGGCGGACACCUUCGGCCAUGAUUUUAUCGGGAUUUGUCUUUCACACUUGACGAAGUUUAUUCCGCGCUCCAUAGUAUUGCCGCACUACUUACAAGUCACACUUGCUUCAUACCCGGCCAACGCUUCCCCUCGAGCGCUGAUCAAGGCAUGCGGGGUGAUAUUUGGGUCAUUCUUUUACUCUGAGACUCGUUUUGCGGUGGCGACUAAGUUUGAUGCGCAUGGGACCGCAGAGUCGACUCGUCUUUUGGCGCUCUGGGCUAUUCGGAAGUGUUUUGAGCGUAGCACUGCGCUGCUGGUUGAAGAAGAAAAGGCGAUGGUCACAGAGGACUCUGCUGAAGAAUCUACUGCAUCCAACGAGACGGGUGGAAUGUACCUUGCUGGCUUAGUAUUUGAUCUCAUGAAGAUAGCACCUGCUGACAUUUUGGCCAGCAUUGCAAUGGAGGCUGAGCGGCUCCUUUCUCACUGGAAGCAUAACCCACGUGUAUUGCGUGAAUUGAAGCGUGCACUGUUUACGCGGAUCUCACAAAAUUGCGAAGCGGAAACGCGUGCGUGGUUUGCGGCUUGGUACAUUGAGGUCGACAGGUUAUACCCGGUGAAGUCACCGCUUGCAACGCGCUCGAUGUUGUCUAGACUGUGA